ACAAGCCCCUCAAAGUAAGCACCACACAAUGGCCUGUUCAUCGUCUCCACCAAGCUUUUGCAGAGUGAAAGGCCCGGUUCGCACUUGCAGGCGUAAGACAUCGAUCACGUACCCGAGAGUGAUAUCGCGAAGCUUUAAAGACGAAGGAAAGGCAGCGAAUAUGGUGGACGCGAACUUGGACGUUCUAAGACGGCGGAUAGACGAAGUAAGGCAGAGGGAGAGACCAAAAGAUUGUCCACGGGGCCACCAAAGCGGCUGGAACUAUCCUCCUCAUGUCCAUGGCUAUGAUAAUCGGAUAGUGAACAAGAAAAGGAAGAAGAAGGUGAUGCUAGCGGAAGCAAUGGAGUUGAUGAUUCUAGCAAGUAGUUCACUAGGGCUCGUCUUGCUUAGUGGUUCUUUAUGCAUUUGCCUUGUGUGGUUUCUACUUCAUCUGAACUACUAGUGCUCUUGUGCAAAGCUUAAGCUGCUGCUUCUUCUUCCUCUCUGUCUCCUUCUUCAAUGCACUAUCAAGAAGGUUUUGAUCUGGUAGAAGGAAAGAGCCGAGGAACAAAGUAAAUAAAGUGGCCAGCACUUCACGCAUGGUGAUCUCUCUUUAA